UUUUUCCAACUUUUGAGGCAGGUCAUGAUGAGUUGCGCUAUGUCCCAGGUCAAAGACACGCGGCCAUCAAUUCUUGCUUCGAAUGUCUCUGAUGUCACCCUGAUGUCACCGAUGUCUGUGAUCACCUGACGGAAGUCUUUGCGUCUCACACUGGGAAUUCUUGGCACAGAGGCAACGGAGGCAAUGGAGGCAAUUGGGGCCUGGCUUCGUCUCCUUUGUCUCUCCGACACCCAGCAUCGAUGACACACUUUGAUACAUUGCGCGCUUAUGGCGAGGAUCUUUCGAGCCAGUGUGCUGCAAACGGUACACUGUGGUACCACGUCUCACGCUUACGGCAAGAAAAUGCAGCGGUUAGAUGUUGGGUUGUCAGCAAUGCGCCAACGUACCAUGUAAUGGGCAAUCUGGGUGGUGUCUUGGGUGUUUGGCACGGAUCGGGGCACGAUGCAUCUCAAUCUGGAGGUCAAUGCAUCUCCUUAGUUGAUGGUAGUCCUGGUUUUUCUCAGCUACAUUCAUCUGCCUGUAUCGAACUCCUUGAAUUUUGAAGCUGUCGUGUCGAUAUUGGCCGUAUUGGCCAAGUUUGUCAUGGCCACGUUGGGUGUGGCCUCAGACACACGGCCGCAGCAAAGUCAUAUCCUUUCCUCUGACCCAUAGGGUGUGGUCCCCUAUUCGGUUCUGAAGGUUUCGCACACCCUGUGCCACACAAUACUUAAGGAUUAUUUUGGGUCACUGCUUUCUUGCCGUGGGUCUCCGAGCUUUAAGGCCUUGUCGGAAUAAACCUGAGGAAACAGGGUGGCAUAAACUCUUUUUGCUCCCCAAGUGGCGCUCAGACACUUCUUAUGUCACCUGGUUGAAACUGUCUCCAGAGAACCAAAACAUGCUUCGAAGCAAAAUGUUAAUCACAGGAAGAACUUGUGGAAUCUUUCCACAGCUGAGUCUGGAAGGCGAAUCAACUUGAAUCAACCUGUGAAAAAGGCAUUGAAGUAUGUUGAAGUCAUGCUGCAGGUGGUUUCAAGUGAUCCUUUGGCCACAGGUCAUGCUUCCUGUUGGAUCCGAUGUCGGGGACGAGUGGCUUCAGACUGCUAACUCUUGAGACGGGCAACCGCGGGAGCGCGCGACCUCACCGUCGCUGGCCACGUGCUAUGAGUGGAUUGGUCGUCGGCUUUCAUUGACGCCUUGUUUCUGCUUCAGCCACGGUCACCACUUAGGGCAUUUCCUUUCUUUUGGCUUGGAUUCGAUUGCGAGGAUAAACUGGCACAGUGUGACGCCUUCAUUUGCUUCGGCCAUCAUGUGGGACAUCACAGUUGCCUCUUGUUUAACUUUUUUGGAUCACAUAGCCUUGUGGAUUGUGGUGGCUUUGCAUUUGCGUUAUUUAUGCCGGCAUUUAUCAUCAGUACUACGGCUGGCAAGCAGGAGUUGGAAAAAGGACAGGCCCGAGAUGUGGGAGACACAUGCCUCUCAUGUGUUGACUCUACUGCUGAAGGGCACACUCAAACCGGAACACUGCAGCCGUUUUCUGGCCACUGCGCUGUAGCUACGCGUAACCUCUGUGGGACUCGUUCAGGCCGCGCUUGUAGCCAAAAAGGGCUUUGAAACGUAUGCCAAAUGUCUAGCAAGCUCCAAAAAGCAUGCGCAACACUUGGCAAAAACAGCAUGGUUUGUGCGCUUAAAAAAACCCUAAAGCUGUGAAAUCUAUGAAACCUUCAAUGUCUUCGACUUCAGACGGCUAGGCCCGGCUUUCACGGCGAGGUGGUCAAAUUGGUCAAUCUCAUGCAGAUAACUUUUGAUCUCAUGGUCCAACUGUCUAUCUUAUGUCGUUCGACCAUCAUUCUCAUUACUCACUAUGUCUUGAAUGAGCCAAGUGAAUGAACGCCUGCCCUACCUCUCCCCCACACAGCACUCGAUUGGCACAGACUGCACAGAAAAAUGGCUUGCUUCUCGAACAUGCAUCAAAAUAGGGUGUGGUCCCCUAUUCGGUUCUGAAGGUUGCGCACACCCUGUGCCACACAAUACUAAAAUGGUCUUAAGAUGUCUGAAUGAUUAUUUUGGGUCACUGCUUUCUUGCCGUGGGUCUUCGAGCUUUAUGGCCUUGUCGGAAUAAAUCUAAGCAAACAGGGUGGCAUAAGUUUUGUUUGUUCCCCAAGUGGGGCUCAGACACUUCUUAUGUCACCUGGUUGAAGCUGUCUCUCUUCCAUUCUGAGGCUUCCUGUUGGAAAGUGUCCAGAGAACCCAAAACAUGAUUCGAAGCAAAAUGUUAAUCACACGAAGAACUCGUGGAAUCUUUCCACAGCUGAGUCUGGAAGGCGAAUCAACAUGAAUCAACCUGUCAAAAAGGCAUUGAAGUAUGUUGAAGCAAAGUUUCAAUAGUCGGAGCUUGGCCGUCGCCGUCUGCCACUGUGGUCAGCGUGGGCAUCACAGUUUUGCACAUCAAGCCCGCUUUAGGGCCCGUUGGGAAGCAGCGGUCUCCAGGGGCACUGUUAAGCAAUCGAGCACAAAUUUGCCAAUGACAUGGAAUAAUGAUGAGGAGUAUUGAUCAUUGAGAAAACAUGAUUGCAAAAAUGGAAUUUUAAAAUGACAUUUCAGUACGACUCCCCCCCCCUCAAACUCCAUUUUUAAGAGGGUAGGGUAGGGAUGUUUCAAGUGAUCCUUUGGCCACAGGUCAUGCUUCCUGUUGGAUCCGAUGUCAGGUCGUGUGUGCAGCAAAGUCAUAUCCGUCAUAUCCUUUCCUCUGACCCCCAAGAAUCCCACACACUUGAAAUGGCUGGGAUGGUUGGAUGGUUGCAAGUCGGACCAACCACUUGAAGGUAAAGCUUCUGUGACGUGGAGCUGCGAUCCAUGUUUCGUCUUCAAGAGCCCUGGGGCUGGCUGUGCACACCAACGGCACGAGAGAUCCUAGAGAUCCUAGAGAUCCUAGGGUCCAAAGGAUGUUCUCAGUGCCGAUUCCGCUUCGAGGAGUCCGACAACAGACAGUUUCUUGUCCUGUGGGGCCUGGAAGGAAUGAAGCCAUUCCCGAUCUUCAGUAUUGGCGACGAGCAGCCAACUUCAGAAUUGGAUUCUGGCAUUCAAGUUUCGAUUUGCUCAGAUUCGUUCUAAGUCAAGUCUUCAAUCUGAGAAAACCGCGCAACAUCCUGAAACGAGAUCCACAAAAGUCCAGUCACACCUACAUCCCCUUGUUGUCUGAGAUGGCUCACUAGUCCUGCACAUGUGAGAAAUACUCUGAUGGCCCUAAAGCUGUGAAACCUAUGAAACCUUCAAUGUCUUCGACUUCAGACGGCUAGGCCCGGCUUUCACGGCGAGGUGGUCAAAUUGGUCAAUCUCAUGUAGAUAACUUUUGAUCUUAUGGUCCAACUGUCUAUCUUAUGUCGUCCGACCAUCUUUCUCAUUACUCACUAUGUCUUGAAUGAGCCAAGUGAAUGAACGCCUGCCCUACCUCUCCCCCACACAGCAUUCGAUUGGCACAGACUGCACAGAAAAAUGGCUUGCUUCUCGAACAUGCAUCAAAAUAGGGUGUGGUCCCCUAUUCGGU